UGUGUCGAGAUUUACGAUGGUUCUUCGACUUCCGUGGUUUAACCGAACUUGUCAACACUUCGUGAAACACUCUCGAGAAGGGUGAACGGGGGGACCUCCUCUUGGCACCAUAUGGUAUAUAUGCUACGAUGAUUCUCUCGAAGGGAGUGCAACAUAUAAAACGCAUUGCUAUUUAAAGCAUUGUCGUAAUUCUCUUGAAUGACUCUUUCACUUUCCUCGGUUCUCUACCACAAUAUGUGUCACGAAACUCAUUCUUCUCAUCCACGGAUUCUCCCGACUUCGUUCAGACUUGGUCUAUUUCAUUGUCGCAGCUUGAAUGUUCAUGUUCUACGAAUCGAAGAUUGAUGAACCACAUACCCGCAGAUAAGAAAUAUUUCCAUGACGAUGUAUCGAAGAGGCAUGAUGGAAUGUACACGAGCAUUUUUCAUUUAGGAAUACGUAAUACGUUUUGAUAAUAACGCUUUUGCAUAUUGACUGACAUAAACCGGCAAUAUUUAGAAUUCUUAGCAAACGAUAUAUACAUAUGUAUGUGAUUAAUCUUCCUUUUUAUAAGCAUGCUGGAUAUAUAUGUUAUAAGCUAUAUAUCUUAUAACUUCCGGGAAUAUGAAUUUGAAUACAAGUUAACGCGCUGUAGUCUGUUUCAAGCACGUACAUGCUACAGUUACGAAAUUCGAGCAAAGAAUUCGUCGAGUUCCGCUCUUUUUUACUGAUACACACUUUGAGGAUUACACAAUAUGAAUUUCCUCCGGACAAACAGGAAGAGAGAUUAUUUCCAGUGAAGGUAUAUUAACGCAGGUAGAAUGGAUACCAGUACAAUCGUAUUUGAUCAAGUGAAUUUUAAGAUAUUAACAUGAAUUUAAUAGCGUGGAUAUCCGUUUAUUCUAUUGUCAUUUUGGAAAUUUAUUGCCUCCCUAUUGACGAAGGAUGCAAUUGCAACGGUGCUGAAAUUGUGACAUAUGGCGAGCCUUGCGUUACGCUUCACAAAUACCCUUUUCAAAUCGAGGGUCCUAAAGUAGUACAAGCGGAAGAAACUGUGCAAAUCAAUGUGCCUGCACCAAUGCAGUUCAUUAAAAUAGUUCCAAACACUUACGUUGCAAAUACUUAUCAACCCCGUCGCGUUGAAUAUCCAAUGACAGUAGAAACGCCGCGCGUUAUUUCCAAAUCAGCGGAAAAUAUAGUUAUAGAGAAUACUGGACAUAAAAAAGUAUACGAGUACACUGUCCAAGUUCCUUCUGCUGUUAAUCCUCCACCGCCUUCAAGAAAUUACAAUUACGAGAUCGAGGCUCCAGUCCCAACGAAAGACGUCACGGUCGAAUGUGAAACGAGAGAAACAAUACCGCAACGACUGACAGGACUUGAAUCUCGAAUCGAUCGAGUGCUGGUCCCCGCUUGCGAAGUUCCAUCAUUAUCAUCACCGUGCCAGUGUUAACUGUAUUUCGCAACAA